GGGACCAAACCGAGGACGGAUCGGGAUCUUCUGCACUUAUUCGCGAAGUCCGGGCAUCGCUAAACGAUGCAUUGAAUUGCAAGGGAAGAAACAAGCCAGGUACGCAGAGCCUCAUUGUCCCAUCACCUCAGCAUGGAUAACCUAGAGGAGGACCUGACAUGGUCAGUGUGCUAUUCCCUCUUCGCUGAUCCUCGGGUCCUGCCCUGCUCCCACACCUUCUGUAAGUCCUGCCUGGACAACGUACUCCAUCUGGCGUCCGCUGCGGCUCCCACUCAAGUGCCCCAACUGCCAGUGUUUUAGAGCUACCACCAACGGGUGUUGACGCAUUGCCCAUAAAUAUCUCCCUCCACGCCAUCAUUGAGAAGGAAACCAUUUGUUUAAUACGUUUUUAUUUGAUCUUAUGCCCCAUCUUAAUAGUGUACAGUAUAAUGAAGUGGUAUAUCAUUUAUUUUAUUCCCAUCCUUACCUGUCAGUUCCAGAAGGACAGCCACCCACGGCCCCCCUCCUGCCCUGAGCAUCACCGACAGCCCCUCAAUGUCUACUGUGUCCAGGACCACCAGCUCAUCUGUGGCUUCUGCCUAACAGUGGGCCAGCACCAGGGACAUCCCAUCGAUGACCUGCAGGCAGCCUUUAUCAGGGAGAGGCAGGCGCCCACUCACCUGCUGGCGAGGCUCUCAGAGCAUUUUGUAGUCUUCUGGAUAGUUUACCUGAAGUGUUAUUUCCUGAAGGUAUGUGAGCAGGUGGAGCAGGAUAAGGCCAGCUGUGAGGGCCUAGUGAGGCAGGACCAGCAGGCCGUGGAACAGUACUUCCAGGGGCUAGAGCUUGCCAGGAAGAAAGAGCCUUUCAUGGGGGCCUUGGACACCACAAGCGUGGAGGUGUCUCUGGCCUAUGAUCCACUCAUCCAGAAACUGAAGGAGCUGCAGGUCGGUGUUGCCUGGGUCGCCGGGCAGAGGUGAUGUAUCAGUUUAUUUCAAAUAACAUUUUAUUUGUCACGUGUCGAAUACAGCCUUACCGUGAAAUGCUCACUUACAAGCCCUUAACCAACAAUGCAGUUCAAUAAAUAGUGAAGAAAAUAUUUAGUAAAUAAACAAAAGUCGAAUCAAAAAGUAACAAGAAAAUUACAUACCAGUAACAAGGCAAUAUACAGGGGGUACUGGUACCGAGUCAAUGAGCGGGGGUACAGGUUAGUCAGCGUAAUUUGUAAUGUGACAAUGCAUAUAAAUGCUAAUAAACAGCGAGUAGCAGCAGUGUAAAAACAGG